CUUAAGACCGCCUCUCCGCUCCGCUUCCCUUGCUCUCACAACGCCGGUACGCCGACAAGACCAGAGACCACCAAGAGCGCUUGACGCGAGACUGCUAGACGCUCAGUCCUCGGCGCCGCGGCCUCGUACCUCGUCACCUCUUCUCUUCAUUUCGCUCUCUCUCGCUCCUUCAAUCACAGUUACCUCGUUCGUCUUCCAUCUGUCUCCUUCUCUCCUUCUUCCAUUCGCUCUUCAUCUCUCCAUCUCUCCAUCUCUCCAACUCUCCAUCUUCUUAUCGCACCAACACACACUCUCCCAAUAUUCUCAACACCGUUGCCCUCCACCCACACUAGGCCUCCCUCAUUCCAAGCACAAUCGCUACAUCUGUCUCUCUCUCUCUCUCUCUCUCUCUCUCUCUCUCUCUCUUUCUCCUCUCCAUGUCUCUGAGUGACUUGACAAUCGUCCCCGCCACGCGCGAACAACAACGCCAGGCUACUGCCAACUGCUACCCACAAUGGGGUGCACCUCGCGGCGUUGCCACACUAGAAGCCUACGAGCGUAUCGAUGAUGAGCUCAACUCGCCCGAAAAUCUCUGGUCGCAACCUGGCCGCUUCACCGCCUGGGUUCUCGUUCCUCGCGCUGACCCCGGCACGACCGAUAUUCUCGCCGCCUGCGAGACUUAUCGCCGUGUCGCACUAGUCCAGCGUCCCUGCGGUCGCGUCGAAGAAGUAGCAACAUACGCCAUCGCUUCCGUCUUCACUCCCGCACACAAGCGUCGCAAGGGCUAUGCCAAGCACAUGCUUCGCCUUGUCCACUACGUCCUCUCUCCCCGCGAGCACAUGCCCCCCUUCCCCGCCAAGUGGGGUGUGCCACCACCCGCCUUCUUUGGCGACGCCGCAUUCUCUGUGCUCUACUCGGACGUCGGGCCAGACUACUACGCAACGUGCACCAAGGGCGAGACGGAGCCGGGGUGGGUCGCCGUUCACUGCCCACACAGGAUCUUCAAAGUACCUUCCCCCGGUCCCGGCCCAAUCUCCCUCCCUCCAGAUACGCAGUUGUUGAACCUCGAAGACGCUGGCGAACUCGAAGCACCCGCAACCGAUACGCUCCGGCAAGAGAUGCAGGAGCUUCCCUCCAUCGACCGGCCCCGCGCCGCGAUUCUCCCCCAGGCUGGCUGGUUCCGACAGUAUCCGACGCGCCUUGAGGUCUUUGCGCGCAACAUCGGAAAGGAUGGAAGUCGGCAUCUCAAGCGCUGCGGCAUGCGCUUCGGGGAGGGCAAGGACCGGCCUUAUAUCUUGUACACUGUCGAGCCCAAGGAGAAGGGAUCAAGCGUACUCCGCCUGCUUAUCGCACACAUUCAGCAGCCUGUCUCAUUUGAGCAGCUGGUCGCGGCUGCCCACGCCGAGGGCGCCGAGGAGAUCGAAGUAUGGGGUUCAAACGGCAGCUAUGACGAGCACGAGCACACUCUCAACGCUAAAGAUCACAUCCCGGCCCUCGCGCAGUAUGGCAUGGGGAGCGACGACGUUGAAUGGCUGUGGAAUGAGCACUGCUUCUGGUGCUAGGGUAGACUCUCGUACCGCACGCAUCACUGUAGGCAUACACUGGAUACACACGUAACAUGCUUCUCUACGGCUGUGCGCGAGCGCGACUGUGCUCACACCGCUGACUAUACACUAAAUCAUCUGACACGAACCUCGCUACCUGCCACUCGCUACUUGGCAUUGGGGGGAAACGCACCCUUGGCCGGUGCGAACACUCGUCGGCGGCAGUAUAUGCACAGCCCAGAGGCUUCACCACAACAUACACCUGCGAUCAGCUCUGCCCGCUUUGCGAUCGGCAA